GCAGAGUUUUAUGAAGAUUGGGCCUAACAAAGAAGCAAAGGUGUGAGAAAUCAAAUUGCGGCUGGGUUGAGUAACGAUUCCUAAAACCCUUUCCCUCCUCCAAACAAAACCCUAACCGCCCUAACUUUGAAAAUGAAGGGGAAGAAGAAGACGAUGGCGAAAAACGACGUCCACGAAGAAGAAGCUCCAUUUCCUUCUGAGAAGCUUCCUUCGCCAUCAGUAUCCGAUUCUGAUUCUGAUUCUGACUACGAGGACUCUUCUGCAGACGAUGACGAAUCUUCUGUCUCCCUGGAUUCUCAAUCUGAAUCAGAGUUCGAAGAAGGUUCCCCUGAGAAUGGUAGGUCCGGCGAUUCAGAAGCCGAAGGAACUGAAUCUUCUAUAGACGAGGACAUUGUCAAUGGGGAAGGCAGUGGAAACGAGAGCUCUGACCUCCAUCAGCAAGGAGCUGAGAGUGACUCCUCCGAGGAUGAGGUGGCUCCUCGAAACACCAUCGGAGAUGUACCUUUGAAGUGGUAUGAGGAUGAACCUCAUAUUGGAUACGACAUAAAGGGCAAGAAGAUCAAGAAAAAGGAAAAACAAGACAAGUUAGAUUCAUUUCUUGCAAACGUUGACGAUUCUAAGAGUUGGCGGAAAAUCUAUGAUGAGUACAAUGAUGAGGUAGUUGAGCUGACAAAAGAUGAAAUCAAACUUGUCCGUAGACUGCUCAAGAAUCAGGCACCACAUUCUGACUUUGAUCCGUAUCCGGAUUAUGUUGACUGGUAUAAAUGGGAAGAUGCCAAGCAUCCAUUGUCUAAUGCUCCUGAACCAAAAAGGAGGUUUAUUCCUUCAAAGUGGGAAGCUAAAAAGGUUGUACAAUAUGUUAGAGCAAUUCGCAAGGGAACAAUUACUUUUGACAAACCAAAAGAGGAAGAUGGUCCAUAUCUCUUGUGGGGAGAUGAUUCUGGUUCGACAGAAAAAUCAAAUCAUUUGGCUUACAUUCCUGCCCCAAAGCAGAAAUUACCUGGCCAUGAUGAAUCUUAUAAUCCUCCUUUAGAGUACAUUCCAACUCAAGAGGAGAUAAAUUCUUAUCAACUGAUGUUUGAGGAAGACCGUCCUAAGUUUAUUCCAAAAAGGUUUACGUCUAUGAGGAGCAUCCCUUCGUAUGAGAAUGCUAUGAAGGAAUCCUUUGAACGUUGUUUGGAUCUGUACUUGUGCCCUCGAGUUCGGAAAAAGCGCCUUAAUAUCGAUCCUGAAUCUUUAAAGCCAAAGCUUCCGAGUCGAAAGGAGCUUAAGCCUUAUCCCAUAACAUGCUAUAUUGAGUAUAAAGGCCAUGAAGAUGCUGUUACAUCAAUUUCCAUUGAAGCUUCAGGGCAAUGGAUGGCUUCAGGUUCAAGUGAUGGAACUGUCCGCGUCUGGGAGGUUGAAACUGGCAGAUGUCUUAGGCGGUGGGAAGUUGGUGAAGGUGUCAGCUGUGUUUCCUGGAAUCCUCUGCCUGAUAUGCAUAUUCUAGCUGUUUCUGCGGGACAAGAUGUACUUCUACUGAACACCGGUUUGGGGGAUGAAGAAUUGCAGAACCAGAUUAAGGAGCUUCUCUGGAUUGACUCUUCAACAACAUCAGAUGACUCUGGUGAUAAAGCACCUAGUGUAAGCUGGCUUAAAGAUGACAAACAUAUGGGUUUAAGGUUAAGGCACUUCAAGACAGUUACUGCUGUAGAAUGGCACCGGAAAGGUGACUACUUUUCAACAGUGAUGCCAACAGGUGAGUCCAGGGCAGUUUUGAUACACCAGUUAUCCAAGAAGCUUACGCAAAAACUUCCUUUCAAAUUACAUGGACUUGCUGUUAGGUCAACCUUCCAUCCAUCCCGUUCCAUCUUCUUUGUUUGUACAAAAAAGACCGUUCGUGUGUAUGAUUUAUUAAAAACUAAGCUCAUAAAAAAGCUUGAUACUGGGCUUCGUGAAGCCUCGUCUAUUGCAGUUCAUCCCGGAGGUGAUAAUUUAAUUGUGGGUAGCAAAGAAGGCAAGAUGUGUUGGUUUGACAUGGACCUUUCAUCUAAACCAUAUAAAAUUCUUAAGUGUCACCCAAAAGAUAUCAACAAUGUCAUCUUUCACCGCACAUAUCCCUUAUUUGCUUCAUGUUCAGAUGACUGCACUGCAUAUGUUUUUCAUGGAAUGGUUUAUUCUGAUCUCAAUCAAAAUCCCCUUAUUGUUCCUUUGGAAAUUCUUCGUGGUCAUACCAGUUCAAAUGGCAGAGGGAUACUAGACUGUAAAUUUCACCCUAGACAGCCAUGGUUAUUUACAGCUGGUGCUGAUAAACUGAUCAAACUUUACUGUCAUUAGUAUAAAUACGGAUAUACAGGCGUGUGAUUGGUGGAUAAAAUCUAGGAUGGUAGCCUGCAACAUCUCAACAAUUUUGUUCCUCAUUUCUUAAAUAGAAAGCACUGCAAGGCAAAUGCAGGGCACCCGAAUAGCGAGGUUCUUGCUCUGGUUUUUUGGAUUGUUUUUGUUUUUCACACAUUUGUCGUUCUAAAAUCUUUAGCCGAAGUAUCAUUCCAGGAAUUCAUAUCCACACAACCUCGCUUGCGGUUAGAAUAGAACUGCAUUUUUUAUGUAACAUGUCAGGUAUGAGAAACCAAAUUUUUCGAAGACACUCAGCGGAUGCUAUUUUAGGGAGAUUGAAUGUGGCAUUCUGUUUGGUUGUAUUGUAGUUAAAAACAUCGAGUAAUACUGUUUACAGUUUGUGGACUUUUGUAAAAGACGGCAAUUACUGAGUUAGCAGUUUCAA